GCUGUGGGGCUGCCGCUGCUGAGCCCGCCCUGCCCCGCCGCUCUCUUCUCUGAAACCAUGCCAGAGAUGACGGAGAACGAGACACCCACUAAGAAGCAACACCGAAAGAAAAACCGGGAGACACACAACGCAGUGGAGAGACAUCGAAAGAAGAAAAUAAAUGCUGGAAUAAACAGAAUUGGAGAACUUAUUCCCUGUUCUCCAGCCCUUAAGCAGAGCAAGAACAUGAUCCUGGAUCAGGCCUUUAAGUAUAUAACAGAAAUGAAAAGACAGAAUGAUGAACUUCUGUUAAACGGAGGGAACAGCGAGCAGGCUGAAGAGAUAAAAAAACUACGGAAACAGCUGGAUGAACUCCAGAAGGAAAAUGGGAGAUACAUUGAAUUGCUGAAAGCAAAUGAUAUUUGUCUGUAUGAUGAUCCUACAAUCCACUGGAAAGGGAAUCUCAAAAAUGCAAAGGUCUCAGUUGUUAUUCCCAGUGAUCAGGUUCAGAAAAACAUCAUUGUCUAUUCAAAUGGGAGUCAGCCCAAUGGAAAUAACCAGGGAGCAUCUGUCCAGGGAAUAACAUUUAAUGUUGGUCAUAAUUUACAAAAGCAAACAGCCAAUGUUGUUCCAGUCCAGAGAACUUGCAGCCUAGUGACUCCUGUGACAAUUUCUGGUAUUUACCCUACAGAAAACAAGCCAUGGUCUCAAACUACAGUUUCUCCACUGUCGUCUACUCAGCCAGUUGUAGCAGGAAAUGUUAUUGAGCUUUCCACAGCAGAGAACGAGCGAGGAGUGCUUGGUACUGCUCCUGUCAGCUCACAGAACGUUUCUCGCUCCGGAACAGAUCAAGGACUACAGUGUUCUUCAAGUAAUACACCACAGAAUGAUCAGAAUCUCCCCAAAAGUAAAAAUGAUCAGGAAGGCACUAAAUUAACCAAGAAAACGGUCCCGCAGGGCGUCAGCAUUCCUCCUAGUACCUCCACUGAAGCCUUUCAAGUUCAACAGGUGAAUGAGACCUGUUCAAAAGCACACAGUUCUAGGAAUGAAUUGCCAGAAAGUGGUGUAAUUUCAAACACUGAUGCAGGUUGUAUGCCACCUAUGAGACUGUCUACAGCAGAUAGUUUUUCUUCUGUAAAUGUCCUCAAAAAUAGAGACUUAAGCAGUGCUACGACUUCUGCAGUAGAAGGAGUUAAGGCUGUAACUGCAAUAAGCACUCUGCCUGCCAGUCCCCUAGAGAACUGCUGGUCUUUCUCGGGCUCUUCAGGUGUUGGCAGUUCAGAUCUGAAAAACAUGAGUAGCCUUACACGGAUGCCUUCAGCUGGAAAUACGCAGACGACAUGGACAACUUUGCAGCUAGCAGGAAAUACUGUUCAGCCACUAAGCCAAACACCGUCCAGUAUAAUGACUGCACUAUUAAAUGAGCCAGUUAAUGGUGCUGGUACCAUAUCUUCUGCUCAUAGCAGACCUUUGACUACAAGCAUCAGUUGGAGCACUUCUCUGCAUGGAGAUGGGCAGGCAGCUGAACAAAUUGUUGUGACCUUGCCCUCGUGCCCAUCCUUACCUAUGCAGCCAUUAAUCAGUCAGCCACAGGUUAAAACUCAGGCUGCAGGAAAUAUCCUUCCAUUGAAUUCAGCUAUGCAGGUGAUUCAGAUGGCUCAGCCUGUUGGGUCAGCUGUUACAGGAGCACCAGCUAACCAGAAUGUCAUAAUUCUCCAGCCUCCAAACACUGCUCCGUGCCCUCCAAUUGUGAGAGCAGAAGUUCCUAGCCAAAACGUUAGUCAGCAGAUUGUAAUUAUACAAGCUGCUAACCAGAAUCCUCUUCCCCUCCUCUCUGCGCAGCCUUCUGCUUCUGUAAGAGUUCCCAUGAAUGGGCCUACUCCAGUCACAAACUCCAGCAGUUCUGUACAAAAUGCCCCUCUACCACAGACUUUUGGAGGGAAACAUCUUGUCCAUAUAUUACCGAGGCCAUCAUCUCUGCCAUCUUCUAGCUCUACACAAGCAUUUUCAGUUACAGUGUCAAAUCAACAGCAUCCUCAGACUAUCUCAUUAAAUGGGCAGCUGUUUGCAUUGCAACCUGUAAUGUCUUCAUCUGGAGCUUCAAAUCAAGCCCCUAUGCAAAUUAUUCAACCUACGACCAGCGAAGAUCCAAAUACCAAUGUUGCCCUCAAUACAUUUGGUGCUUUAGCUAACCUCAAUCAAAGCAUAUCACAAAUGGCUGGACAAAGCUGUUUACAUUUAUCUCUCAGCCACCCUACCAAUCCAACAACGGUCAAUAACCAGAUAGCCACAGUUAACUGUGUGUCGUUAACAACUUCUGCAGCAUCUUCAGUAUCUUCAGAAGGUUCUGUAUUAACUAAUGCAUCUAAUCCAAUAAAUGCUUCCCCUAAAAAAGCUGCUACUGGUUUGUCAUCUACUACAAAAUCAAAAAGGACAAACAAAAAGCCAACUACAAAAAAACACUUAGCAGUCGGCAGUAAAGUGUCUGGUCCAGUAGUUCCUUGCAAAAAUGCAGGAAAGGUUGAUUGUGCUACUGUGGAAACUGUAGUCAAGCAUUCAAAUGGUGAGGGGUUGCUCGAAAGCACGCCAGCAGUAUCCCAAACUUUACCUACGUCGCAGGCAGGUACUGUGGUAGCAUCAAGUGGUGUAAGCAUUUCUGACUAUCAUUCCAAAGAGACUGUGAGCUCUGAACAGACUAUGGGAUCCUGCUGUGUGCCAGGGCUGAGUUCAGCAGAGAUACCCAGUUCUUCACCGCUUGAGUCGGUGAUGUCAGAACAGUUAGCACUGAUCCUGCCGACUGCCAAAGAUGCUGCUCCUCUCCAGGAAGCACGGAGAUCUCCCAACAAUCCACCACCCGACUCUGUGUUGCCAGAGUCUUCCAAACCCUGUGAAACCCCCAGCACCUUAACGCCCUCUCUUACUGAAGCACAUGUGACAAAUUCUCAGGUUGCUGGGACAUCAGCGGCACAAAGCACCACAGCAGAUCAUACUUCUGAUGCAGGGACAAUUUCAGAGUCCUGCAACACUGAGCAAGAUUCUUCAAUUGAAAUGCAAGACACAGACUUGUUAGAGGGACAAGGUCUAACCAAAAUGCUGUCUGAUCUCACAAAAGAAAGAACAGCCGUGGAAAAAACCUCUUCUUUUUCAGUUCAUGAGGAGCAUUCUAAUUUUCCCACAGAAAACUCUAAAUCAGUGAAUUCGAAUGUUGAUCUGCCUCAGAAACAGCAACUCUUGUUAAUGAACACAGAAAGUGAUGCUCUUUCCCAGCAUCAUUCCUGCAUUUCUGAUCAGGAGGUAGCUGGUGCUUCCCUUAUUACUAGCAGGCAGGCAGACUCGCCAAUGUCAACUAGCUCUGGCAGCAGUCGAGGGUUCUCAGUUGCAUCUAUGUUGCCAGAUACCACUAGAGAAGAUAUUACUAGCAGCACAUCAACAAAUACAUGUAAUAGCUGCACUUUUUCAGAACAAACUGACAUUGUAGCUCUUGCAGCAAGAGCCAUUUUUGACCAGGUAAACCUUGAGAAAGGUGGAGGAGGAAUACAAGUUAACAUGAGGGAAGCUGUUUCUAAAGCAGGUGAUGUUGCACCCUUGGAGAAAGAGCAACAGCCUUAUAAGCCACAAGCAGUGAAAGAAAACAGUACAGGUCAACUAGAAACAGCACCAAACAAGUUCACUGCUCAGGAUACAGUACAAACAAAUGUUGAUAGGCAAGUUGAAAAAACAAGCUGUUCUGUAGGAGCUGUGGAAACACCAAACACUUCUUUGCAGAUUUCAGUGUCCCAGUCACCAAACGUAACCAGUUUAAGUGUAAAUAAUCUAAUACACCAGAGUCAUGUUGUCCAUCCCCUUGUGAGUUGCUCAAAUUUAUCCCAGCCUUCAGAGCCAGCAAGUGUUCCUGCAACUGUAUGUCUUUCUAUUCCAUCUAGUUCAUACGUAAAUCAGUCUCCUGGACCAGCUAUGAUGAAUGAGUAUGCUCAGGAACAACUGAAUGCUAUUAGGACAAACACCAUGCAGGCUCCCCAGCUGCAGGAGUCGCACUUAAAGCAACAAAAUCAUGAAGGUCGCAAAGACUCUGCCAAACGGGCUGUUCAGGAUGACCUUCUGCUCUCUACAGCAAAGAGGCAAAAGCAGUGCCAGACAACGUCCAUAAGGCUUGAAGGGAUGGCAUUGAUGAACCGAACACCAGAGGGUGUUGCUGAUCAAACACAGAUGCUAGUCAGCCAGAUUCCUCCUAAUUCAUCCAAUUCAGUGGCAUCAGUGAGCAAUCAAGGACACGCUGAUGGCCUUAAUAGGUUAUUCCCAUCAAACAGCAACUUUGUAGCAUCAGCUCUGAGGCAAACUGAAGUUCAGUGCAGUUCUCAACCUUCAAUUUCAGAGCAGCAAGGCCAGACAGGGCAGCACUUGCAGCCUAUUCAGCAUGUUCCUGCUCAAGGUAUAUCUCAUCUUCAUAGUAAUCAUCCAUUCUUAAAGCAACAGCAGGCUGGACAGUUAAGAGAGAGGCAUCACUUGUAUCAGCUGCAGCGUCAUGUCACUCAUGGGGAAAAUUCAGUCCACUCUCAACCUCACAGCGUACACCAACAACGAACAAUACAGCAGGAGGUACAAAUGCAAAAGAAACGAAAUCUUGUCCAGGGAAACCAAGCCACACAACUUUCUCUACAGCAAAAACACCACGGAAGUGAUCAGACGCGGCAAAAAAGUGGCCAGCCUCAUCCUCACCACCAGCAACUGCAGCAGCAGAUGCAGCAGCACUUUGGAGGUUCCCAGGCUGAAAAGAACUGUGAAAAUCCUGUGACAAGCAGAAACCAUCAUAACCACCCUCAGAGCCACAUAAAUCAGGAUAUUAUGCAUCAACAGCAACAAGAUGUCAGCAGCAGACAGCAAGGUUCAGCUUCCGAACAUGUGUCAGGGCAUAAUCAGAUGCAGAGACUCAUGACCUCAAGGGGCUUAGAGCAACAAAUGGUGUCCCAGGCAAGUAUCGUAACCAGACCAUCAGAUAUGACGUGCACUCCGCACAGGCAGGAAAGAAAUCGAGUUUCUAGCUACUCUGCUGAGGCACUCAUUGGGAAGACACCAUCUAAUUCAGAACAAAGAAUAGGAAUAUCUCUUCAAGGCCCUCGAGUUUCUGACCAGCUUGAAAUGAGAAGCUACCUUGAUGUUUCUAGAAAUAAAGGGUUGGUCCUUCAUAACAUGCAGGGCCGUAUAUCUGUCGAUCAUACAGUUGGCUCAGAUGUGCAACGGCUCUCUGAUUGUCAGACAUUUAAGUCAGCUGGACCCAGUCAACAACCAACAGGCAAUUUUGAUGUACAGGCCUCAAGAAACAGUGAAAUUGGUAAUUCUGUAUCAUCUCUCAGGGGCAUGCAAUCGCAAGCAUUUCGAAUCAGUCAAAAUCCUGGGCCUCCCAUAGAAAGACAGAAGAGAUUACCCUAUCCGCCCGUUCAGGGUAUUCCAACAGGAAAUUCUCUUCCACCGAGGGAAAAUGAAAAUACAUGCCACCAAAGUUUUAUGCAGAGUUUACUUGCCCCUCACCUUGGAGAUCAAGUUAGUGGAAGCCAAAGAUCAAUCUCAGAACAUCAAAGGAGUACUCAGUGUGGCGCCUCCUCCACAAUUGAAUAUAACUGUCCUUCAGCACGAGAAAGUGUCCACAUCCGAAGAGAUGGCGAUGGUCAGAAUAGGGAAAGCUGUGACAUGUCUAUCGGUACAAUUAACACAAGGAACAAUUCUUUAAAUAUUCCCUUUUCAAGUUCUUCUUCCUCAGGAGAUAUUCAGGGUCGAAAUACAAGCCCAAACAUUUCUGUGCAGAAGUCCAAUCCCAUGAGAAUGACAGACAGUCAUGGAACAAAGAGCCACAUGAAUACGCCUGUUUCUAGCAACAUGCAUGGAGUGGUGAGGCCAGCUCACCCCCAUCCUGCGGUUUCUCAUGGAAAUGCUGACCAAGGGCAACCUUCUGUUCGUCAACCAAAUUCUUCAGUUACUCAGAGGUCAAGGCAUCCUCUGCAAGAUAACGGAGGUUCUAAAAUCCGUCAGCCUGAAAGGAAUCGAUCUGGAAAUCAAAGACAUGGAAAUGUUUUUGACCCAAGUCUUCCCCAUCUUCCCCUGUCUACCAGUGGCAGUAUGAUACUCGGGCGCCAACAGUCUGCAAUAGAAAAAAGAGGAAGCAUUGUCCGUUUUAUGUCUGAUGGUCCACAAGUGUCUAAUGAUAAUGCUGCCACUGACCAGCACACUCUCUCUCAGAAUUUCGGAUUCCCUUUUAUUCCAGAGGGUGGCAUGAAUCCCCCAAUAAAUGCCAACGCAUCUUUCAUUCCACCGGUUACUCAGCCUAGUGCCACUCGGACACCAGCUUUAAUCCCAGUAGAUCCUCAAAAUACUCUGCCGUCCUUCUAUCCACCUUAUUCCCCUGCCCAUCCUAGUCUUUCCAAUGACAUUUCUAUCCCUUACUUUCCCAACCAAAUGUUUCCUAAUCCAAGCACAGAGAAGCCGAGCAGUGGAAGUUUGAACAAUCGCUUUGGAUCCAUCUUGUCUCCUCCCAGGCCUGUCGGUUUUGCUCAGCCAAGUUUUCCUUUGCUUCCAGAUAUGCCACCGAUGCACAUGACCAAUACGUCACACUUAUCCAAUUUUAACUUGACAUCUCUGUUUCCAGAGAUAGCCACAGCUCUUCCUCCAGAUGGUUCAGCAAUGUCGCCUUUGCUUUCGAUUGCAAACACAUCUGCUUCCGAUUCUUCCAAGCAGUCCUCAAACCGACCUGCCCACAAUAUAAGCCAUAUUCUAGGUCAUGAUUGCAGUUCAGCUGUAUGAAAACUCAUAGACCGACUUCCAGUCUGACAAAUUGUUUAUGUACUUAAGAAAGACAAAGUGGAUCUUGCUGGCAUCCCUGAAGAGACCAUUCAUAGUGUCACUGUUUAUUUGCCUAUAUGUAUGUAUAUGAAUACUUUCAUAUUUAUAUACACACUGUAUUUCCAUCCACCUUACUAACUUUAAAGCACCAGUGCCUAUAGCAAUGCUUACUUACUGGUAAACGGUAAGAAUGCAACAUUUAGAGCUGUGCAAAUAUUGAUUGUUGAUUUUGCAACAUUCAAGUUUGAUGUCUGAUUGUUCCAGGGUAAUUGCCACCCUCAGUAAUACUUGUAUAUAGAGACAGAAGUGAAAGCAUCCGUAUGGGAGACAGAAAAAAAAAUGUUAAAGAUUUCGUUUUCAUCCUAAUGAAUUCACCUGAAGCUAAGAUGAACUUGAAGAGGCUUGGGUUUAUCUUUUCCUUUGUAAAAUAUCUUCAGGAGACUCAAUACAAGUCAAGUCUGUGUUAAUCCGGCGUUAAUUGAUAAAGACAUUUGUUGUGCAGUUUUUUGUCUAUUUGAAGCCUGUCACAUACACUUGACUUAAAGCUGACU